AUGGAUACGGGAAGCGGGCCUGCGCUCCAGUAUCUUCUGUGCGUCGCCUGGGUCGCGGCCACCCUCCCCAUCGCCGCCGCCGCGCUGCCGAUCCCCGGGGCCGCCGGCGGCCGUUUCAUCCACGGCCUGCUCUGCGCCUUCUCGUCCCGCGGGAAGACAGUCAGGCCCUCGUCCUCGUCCUCGUCCAAGGCGGAUACUAGAGAAAAUCUGAUAGAAUUUUGA